AUGCAGGUAUCAGGAUACUGUGGCCUUCUAGUGGGAAGUCCCGUAAUCCUCUACGAGAUCAUAGCCUUUAUUCUCCCAGGGUUGACAAAGGAAGAGAGAAGAUUCCUGGGGCCAAUAGUCUUAGGCUCCUCGAUUCUUUUUUAUAUAGGCAUCGCUUUCUCUUGCUACGUCCUCACCCCAGCAGCCCUGACGUUUUUUGUUAGUUACGCUGAAGGGGUUGUCGAGUCAUUGUGGUCCAUUGAUCAAUACUUCGAGUUUGUCCUCGUGCUCAUGUUUAGUACCGGAUUGUCUUUCCAGGUUCCAGUUAUACAGCUGCUUCUUGGACAAGUUGGGUUGGUUUCGUAUGAGCAAAUGUUUUCGAUAUGGAGAUACGUGGUGGUGGGCUCAGUGAUUGCAGCUGCUGUACUCACACCAUCGACAGAUCCUCUUACACAAAUGCUCUUGGCUGGGCCCCUCAUGGGUCUUUAUUUAGGUGGCGCGUGGACGGUUAAGCUUCUUGGCCGAUGA